AUGCCCGCGUUCAGCAAGGGCACCAGGAGCAAGGGGGUGCACCGCCAGUUCAACUCCGCGGCGCAGGCGGGUAACGUGCAGAAGAGCAAGAAGGCCCGGAAGGAUGCCUACCUGACCAAGGAGGCGUUCAUGAAGGAGGCGCUCGCGCGGCACAUGGCCGUCGCGGAGGCGAAGGUGCGGGCGGCGCUGAACCCCGACGACGCCGCGGCGGUGGCGACGGCGGGCGACGCGACGAGAUCGGCCGAGACCGCCGCCGGCGCUCCCGCGGCGCCCGUCGCGACCGCGAAGCCGGCGGCGAAGACCACGCCGGGCGGCGGCAAGCUCCGCAGUAAGAUCGGCGCGGAGUACAUGCAGGGCGCGCUGCGAUGGGAGGGGAAAAGGAAGAAGGGCGGCGGCGAGGCGGAGGCCAUCGGGCACCUCAUGAAGCCCCUCAAGGGCGACGAGGAGGAAUACGGAGCGGGGAAGGGCGGGUCGACGGUGGACACGGAGACCAAGCUGCCGGCGUACGCGCGGGGGAAGAUGACCAUACAGAAGAAGAAGAAAAAGAACAAGCGGAAGAACGCGCGAGCCGCGAGGGGCGCGGAGUAG